AAGAAGAACUCGAUUUAGAGGAAGAAGAAGAAAUCUAUUAAAAAGGUUAUGAUCUUACAACCCCACCAGUAGUAUAAAAUUUUAGCAGUCUUAGGUUUGCCCAAUUAAUUUUCAUGAGAAAUAAUAAUGUAUCAUUUUAUCUAAAAAUAAAAUUUGACUGGGGAAUACCUACAGUUAUUUUUAGUUCAGUUUUAGAGCAAUUUCUUGGUUCUGUUUGUUUAUGAGUGUCUAGUGUUGUAAAUAAUUUAAUCAUGAGAUAUAACGACAAAGAAUUGGUGAAAAUUGGGGAGAGUAAACCAGAUUUGGAAGGAGUUCUACAUCACAUGAAGCCACAAGGAAAUGACUGGUCUGAUUGGUAUCAAAGACCAUCGUUUAAAGAACGUAAUUUCAAACUGAUAUCCAAUUUAUUGUUUUACUAUAGAAUAACUGAGCAGGAACCUCUGGGUGUACUAGUGAUAGAAAAUGCUCAAAUAGCUUAUGAAAGGCCGCACAAAGGAAUUCCAUUUGCUUUUUCUAUAACGUUUAAAGUUAACGAUAGGUUUCGUGAUGAGGAAUCGAAACAUAUAUUUUCGUGCCGUUGUGAUUCCGAUGUAAGCAAGUGGGUAGCAGCUUUAAAAAUGGCUUCUUAUGAAUUUUGGAGGUCACAAUACGUGAUAUUGAAAACGAAGAUUAGUAUGAAAACUGGUAAAGACCCUGUGUUAGAGUAUAUGAAGAGUAAAAACUGUACAAGUAUAAGUGAGAAACGUUCGGAAGUUAAAAAGACAAAGACCAAAGAGACAAAAUCUACUUUUUACAGCCAUGUGGAAUCGACCACUUAUUAUGAAAGUACGUAUUCUUCUAAAAAAAUGGUUUCUUCUAAUGAAAAUCAUAUCACUGUAGAGAAUUUGAUCAAAUUAUAAUAUUCAUCUUAAUUAUGGUUUUUUCAUUAAGCAAAUUAUUUUAAUUUAUUUUUGCCUUAAGAUCUCUUAUUCAAUUGCAGUUUUUAUUUAGUAUUUAUUUUCUAGCUCAAAAUAAAAUCAAAUGGUUUUGUAUAAAAUAAUAUUUUCACUGAUAUAUUGAUUUGUGCAAUAAUAUAUACUUUCAUUCAUUUAGCUAAAUGAAACUGAUAACUGUUUUAUCUCAAGUAGUAAAAGCUAGAACGCACCACAAUCUGUAUAGAACAUUUUUAUGUAUGCUUUUAAAUGUAAAAACUAUUUGUAGGUAUUAUGUUUAUUUAGGUAAUUGUUUAGUGAUAGCUAUACCAAAUUAAUUAGCAUUGUUCAUGUUCAUUUCACACUAUAAAUUGCAACUACAAUGGGACAAGUAAAUUACAUAAACUACUUUCUAGUGGUGAAAAUUCUGUUCAUUUGGUUGACCAAGUCAGCUGCUAUGCUUUGCUCUCUUUGUACGGUACAUAUAUAUUUGUAUCUUAUUUUUUAUAAAAUAUAUAGAAAAAUAUUUUUCAAUGUAGAACGAAAUUUUUCAAGAUUUUUAUAUAUCCUUGUAGUAGUUUAUGACCUUAAGUAUUAUACAGGGUGUCCCGAAAUUCAUGCAACAAAAUUUGGUCACAGAUUCUUAAGACAAAUUUA